AUGGUACCUUCCGAAAAUGAUAUGUUGGAAAACGCCUGUGCUAACGAUUCACAAGGAUCUAUGUUUGUGUGGGUUUGUUCUAAGCAGAAGGAAAUGAUUGUCAACCUUUACAAAAGCAAGGUCAAAGCGAACCCAAACUUAACAAUACGUGAAGCCCGGACAAUCAUUUCAAAAGAAUUGGGGAUUGGAGAGAAAACCAUAUCCAAUACAUUGAAAGAAUACCGUGACACUAAAACCGUCAGUUCACCAAAUAAAGAACGGAUCCAUAAAAAUGUGAUUUCGAAGACGGAUGAUUUUGAUAAACAUGCCAUUAGGAGAAAAAUUCACAAUUUAUGGAUAAAUCGUGAGUUACCUACGCUUGACAAAAUACUUUCGGUCGUCAACGAAGAUGAAAGUCUACCAUCUUUUUCCCGUGCGACAUUAUAUCGACUUUUAAAAUCAAUGGAUUUCGUUUACACCAAAAGAGGACGAAACAGUGCGCUUUUAGACUCCAAUGAACUUAUUCUUUGGCGGAGGAGAUAUUUGCGAAGUAUCAAAAAUUAUCGUUUGGAAGGUCGUCCAAUUUACUAUCUAGACGAAACGUGGGUUAAUGCUGGAGACGUCAAUACUUACGUGUGGGUCGACAAAACUGUCCAGUCGAGUCAACAUGCGUUUUCCCAGGGGCUUUCAACUGGUCCAGUAAAUCCGAGUGGUAAGGGGAAACGAUUAAUAAUUGUUCAUAUUGGCUCUGAAGAUGGUUUCGUUCCCGGAGGAUUAUUGUCGUUCGAGUCGAAAAAAAACACUAGUGACUACCAUGACGAAAUGAAUGGGCAAAGUUUCCGUGAUUGGUUACUAUGUGUUUUGCCGAAAUUAAAAGAUAACGCGGUAAUCGUCAUGGAUAACGCCCCUUACCAUUCGGUAAAAUUAGAGAAAUGUCCAACAACAAAUUGGAGGAAAGCGAACAUUAUUGAAUGGCUUCAAAACAAAGGGGAGGUAAUCGAUAGCACUAUGAUUAUACCAGAAUUGUUGGAUAUUGUGAAACGACUAAAACCAAAGUACGACAAAUACGAAAUCGAUGAACUAGUUUCACAACACAAUAAAACAGUGCUACGAUUACCUCCAUACCACUGUGAACUUAAUCCUAUUGAAAUAGCUUGGUCGGUAAUCAAAAACCACGUAAAAUCGAAUAAUAAGACUUUCAAGCUUAAAGAUGUGCAAAAUCUCUUGAUUGAAGGCGUAAAUAAAGUUACUGAAGAAAUGUGGAGAAAUUUCAUAAGGCACACUGAAAAUGAAGAGGACAAAUUUUGGAACAUCGAUAUGAUUGUGGACGAGUUAAUGGCCGAGAGACAAGAUUUAGUUAUGACGAUCGGCCAGAGCGAUGACGACGAUAAUAAUUCAUUUUCUGAUUUGGAUUAA